AUGUCCGAUUCAAAUGACGGAGAGAUCCACUUCGUGCUGUACCACUACACACCUUCCAUCGCAGCUGCUAUCAUAUUCGUGGUGAUCUUCGCACUUGGAUUCAUCGGCCAUGUCUACUACGUUUUCAAGCUGCGUGCUCGCUACUUCAUUCCCUUCGUCAUUGGAGUACUUCGAUAUGUCGGUCGUGCCCUCUCUCACAGUGAUAAAGAAGCUCUCGGUCCCUUCAUCAUGCAGAGUCUUCUGAUUUUGGUCGCUCCUGCCCUCUACGCAGCAUCAAUCUACAUGGUCCUUGGGCGUAUCAUCCGUCUCUUAGAUGCCGAGGAGUAUUCUGUCAUCCGCACCAAGUGGCUUACCAAAGUUUUCGUCAUUGGCGACGUCUUCUCCUUCCUUGUGCAGUCUUCGGGCGCUGGACUCCAGGCCAAGGGCGACCUCGACGCCUUCAACCUUGGAAAGAACAUUGUCAUCGCUGGCCUCAUCAUUCAAAUUGCCAUCUUUGGUUUCUUUGUUAUUGUGGCCGGCCUGUUCCACAUUCGGAUCAACAAGCUUCCAACUGGUGCUUCCAUGGAUUCAAACCUUCGCUGGCGCAAGCAUAUGCACAACUUGUACUUCUGCAGUGCCAUCAUCCUCAUCCGCAACCUGAUUCGUGUGAUUGAGUACGCUCAAGGAAAUGAUGGCUACAUCAUUACCCACGAAUGGAUGCUUUACAUCUUUGAUGCAGUCUUCAUGCUAUUGGUGACCAUCAGCUUCCUCGUCCUACAUCCCAGCAAGCUUCUUGGUAACGGACGUAUUCCAAUCAGAGGUGAACCUCAGCUCUACGCUAUGGAGAGUGGCCAUGCUCAGUCGUCAUCGACACCGUUCAGCAAGACCAAUAGACCCUAG